AUGGAGGCUGUGGACAUCGGAAAAGAAAAUGAGCGCCCUGAAAUAGAGCUUGGGGCGGGGCCUUUCAAGGUACCAGACCCUGUCAAACCUAAGGAAUCACUGCACAAAUGCGAGGUGAAAGAACAGAUCAACAAUCCCGAGAUGCUUGCACGGGCCACUUCUCUCUACGCACGGACUAAGAUAGUCCAAGGAUCUCCAAAUUCAAAAUUCAACGCCUUGUCGGAUAUCAAAAUUCCUCCUUCCGUGACUGUGCGGAGGAGGUUCUGGGAGCAGACCCCGCACAAGAAGAUUGCGGGGGUUUCGAUGAAGCGAUCCGGAGUUUCUAACCAAAGCAGUGCCAAAACAGAGCAAGUUAGAGCUAGUAGUGUAAGUGCAUCGUCUGAGACACAGCAAGGUGACGCGGAGAGUAGCGCAGUGAACGCGGGCGAAAAUGCACCAGUUUCACUUGCCGUACAAGCCCAAAUGAGAAAUACGAGUGAUGCCGGUACUUUGGAAGCAAACAAUCAUGCGAUGGAGACUGCGGAGACUUCCAUCGAACCUUAUGUAAUGAGUGAGAAAGUCUCAGAUUCAGCCGUUGAUGCGAAUGCGAGUGUUCCGAUAGACACGAGUGACGACACUCGUAUUGGUUUUGCGAUGACGGAUACCAAGGGCAACGAAACAUUCUCAGAGAUGGUUCCAAGCGAAGCUCUGUCUGGAGGUGGGAAUAGCGUCAAACAUAAUGAAGCUAUCCGCAGUGCUCAAAGUCCGCAGGCAGAUGCUACGCCGGUCAUGCACAACAAUUCCUCGAUUGAAGCCAGCGAAACAAAGGCUUGCGCGGAAGGCAACGCCGAAUUUCACACGAAAAGGAGCAGUGGUAGCGUAUCAACAGUCGAGCAGGCAGCAGAAAGUGGCACGAAUACAGCAAGUCACGCUGUGAACGAUGACACCUCGACAAACCUUGCGAAGGUAGCUUCGGAAAGCCGGAUCCUAGCACAAUCACUUGCGAAUACUACUUCGCAGAGAAGUGACGAGAUAGUACAUGAUGCGACCGGAGGUCACUCGGCGGAAGAAGGUGUACUGACGGAUGUGUUGGUGACUGGCAUAAGUGUAGCAUCAGUUGACAUACCGUUGGCUACAGAAACCGAUCAUGAUGAUACGGCCCACGACAGAGUUGUGCAUAAGAAGGGCGCCACUGGACCAACUAUAGAGGCAAAGCAAGAAGGUGAUGUGACAGCUAGUUCACACAGUAUAAGGGCACAGGUUAGCACACUCACCGAAACCGAUCGUAUUGUAUCAGUUACGGAGGAAGAGGAGGCGAUAGAAUCAGAAGGGAGGAAAAAAAUAGUAGGCUGCUCGCAGGAUGAUCGUGUCGAAGAUGAUAGUGACUCACAAGCGAAAACAGAGACGACAACGCAGGUGGUGCUAGCCACAGAGACAGUGAAGUACCAGGAACACCUCACCACAUCGUUUGUGGAUACCGCCUCUGCCACCACAAAUUUACGCACCAGCACAGAUGUGCUUUCAGGGCUGCAGGCAUGUGUGCCAGCAGAUACUACAGAAGGUGAUGCUCAUAUGCAGAUCGACAGUGAAUCGGCGAAUUCUCCAAUAUCCGAGGUGACACUGCGUAGCUUGAGUAAGGCAAGUGUACAGAGUUCGGAUGUAGCUGAACCACACCCAUCCUUUAGCGAGACGCAAGGUGUGGAUACGCAUGAAGGUCGAAGCGUAGAGAAAUGCAGCACGCAAGACGAGCCCGAUAUGAAAGCCACCACGUCGGGGGUAGUAGAGAAUAUCCCAAUUGAGUCCACGACCAGUGUGGGGCAAUCAGCAGACGCAGACAUUGUCAUGGUGGGGACCGAUAUAGCCGCAACCGAGGUCACAGAGAGAGUGCAAAACGCCACGCUCGAAGUCGACACUAUCAUGACGGACGUAGAUGAGUUGCAAAAUAUUAGUCAGGGCAAGACAGAGAUCGUAUCUCCUUCCGUAGGCGAGACAGUAAAGUCCGCUGUUUCGCCGUGUGUGACCGCAAUGGAGACUGAGAGCCCGCCAACAUCCAGCCAAUCUGAGUCGGGUUGUGUGUCUCAACUGGCAGUGGGAAGUAGCGUGUCUGUUAACAGCAAGUAUGUGUCGCGUUGUGUAUCCCACGGCAUAGCCGAGACCGAAGUGCCAGCCAUUUCUCCUCCAGAGUUGGAUUUCACAUCACAAUUCGUAACUGGAACCACUGUUCUGGCUAUCAACCGGGUUGACACCGUAGCCGGACCGAUUGCGGAGUGUGAGGAGGCACCUUCAGGCGAUAACCGGGCUGACGUCACAACGAGCGCACCAAAAACCGAUAUAUCAGCACAAUGUACCGUUUCGGCUGAUCUAGAUGGUACGAACAAUGACACGUCGAUCGAAAUGGAUGUGCAAACCGAUAAUAUCGGGGGAAACGAAGUGGAUGCCAUGUCUGCGGUUGAGUCAGUCGAGAUAGGACAUAAGCAUGUCGCAAAUGGAAGCGUAGAGGAGAACGCGUCAUCGCCCAUAGCUCACAUCAACCAUAGCAGUGAUCCAGCAGAUGAAUCUGAAGAACCUUCCGACGAAUCUUCCGUAUUAGAUCAGGGCAAGCCCGAUGUUGCUAUCAGCGCUAUCAAUGCGGAUUCGGGGGAUACUCAUAUUCGAGAGAUUGGGACAAAGACUUCCCCAGAUAUAGCGGUGGAUAUGUCCGAAUCGAUAACAGCGGAGACUGCGGAGAGUUUGAGCGGAUUGAAUCAUACAGUGCAACUCAUUGCUGAUAAGAAGGAAUCCGUUCGCACAGGUAGUCCAAAGAAUGUAUUUGGCCAAGAAUUAUCAGCGGGUGUGAAGGUUAUGGUGGCUGAAGAAUCGAAUGUCACAGUCGAAACGGUAAAUCAAGGUGACACAGCUCCACCAGCCAACUCGGAGAAUGUGAAAGCAACCACCGAGUCUUACACGGACCCUGAGGAGGGAACAUAUCCCGCUAAAGAGCUGGAAAGCACCUCCGCUGAUCAUGAGCUAGCUGGCUUAAGAUCGCACGCUACCGACAGUAAGACUGAUAUUCUAGUCGAAGCAGCGACUGUGAAUUCCGAUAGGCAUGAUUCGUCAGUGGGGAAAGCGACGGGGAACAAAGGCGAGCAGACACAUACGGAGCAACAAGUCCUCCGCGAGGGAGAGGCUGCGAAAUUGGAGGAUGUUGUUGUGGAAGAUACUUGUACAGCUCCUUCAAAUUCGAGGAAAGGCAUUGAUAACGACGAUAACACAGAUCAACCGAGUAUAGAGACGCACGAGACUGCGAGUCCGCUGAGUUCGGAGCCAGAGAGAUCGGAGACUGCUGACCUCCUCUCCGUAUCUUCGGUGGGAACUGACGGUGAUGUUAUAGCCAUAACUGAGGUCACAACGACAUCGCCAGAAACAGGAGCCACGGCUAGCCAAUCAAUCGUUGCGGAAGUGUCAGUCCUGAUGAGGGACGAGAACAAAGCCAACCCGACGCAGGACACUGAACAACCAGUUCUUCUGGAACUUUUGCCUAACAAUGACGGCAUGGAUGGCACCCGCGCACGCAAUACAACGGAGAGUGUUGGAACGUUGUGUGAGGCGGACCUGAUGUUACUUCCAGGUGACGUUGCCGCGGGAGGCAGUUGCAGCGGCGAUGAAGUCAGUAGUCAGAAGCCAUGCGCAGCCGAGGAAGCGAAAAUUGCGUCUGACAUCGAUCUCAAUGGAGAGGCUUCUACUUCGCAGACGAUACCCAACAAAUCGCAAGAAGCGACAAGCUCUGUGCAGCUGGCAGAUGGCACGCCAGCAUCAGAAACUGAGAGUAUGGGUCUUCUAACGGAAUCGAAGACACUCUGCAGCGAACAAAAUACCUCAAUUGUCGACAAGGCACCUGACUCUAGAACAUGUAGCGGUAGUAUACAAACGUUGAACACAAGUGUGUGUGCACAAGAUAAGCCCACACUACGAGCGACACCACCUGCGAUUGUUGCUCAGGUAUUACCAACACUGUCCCUGUCGUCGAAGCGUGGAGUCCCCCAGGAUUUUGUCAUAGGUAUGAAUGUGAAACUCGCUCGGCACGACACAGAAAUCGGUACAGAGCCUUGCAAGGAUAGCGACAGUCGUUCAGGAAUUCCCAUGGAGGCAUCCCUCAUCGAUGUGCCGUCUGCGUUAACUAGAAUGGAGUCCACGAGUACCAGCAACACAACCGCAGGGGCAGAGUCACCAGACGCGGCGCCUAGCACAGCAAAACGGAAACUCGAGCAGCCGAGCGAUGACUUGGUGCUGCCUGAGAACGACCUGGUGGAGGACAGCGUGACAAAAGCCGACCAUAUCGAGCUGCUGUCGUCUGAGCGCAUAGACACUCCGCAGAGCUCUAGAGAAUCUAAGAGGGCUUGCUUCGACAAGGAAGCCUCGACACCGUCUCCAACGAACGUCAUCGGUGAAAACAAGACCAUGUGGCUGACGGCAGAGAUACAGAUAUUCAAAGAACACAACGCACGGCUACAGGAAAAGUUAGAGACGGCAAAUUCAACUGCCAAGACCAUGGAAGAGACCCACGCCCGUACGUUGGGUAACACUCUGAAGGAGUUGAGUCAACUAAGCGAGCACAACGCCAAGUUGAAAGUCGAGGCUGCUGACCUUAAGAGCACAGCUGCUGUGGCUGAAGAGAAGCGUGCGGGUUUGGUGGAGGAUAGGUGUCGGCUUGAACGCGAGUGUGUAAGUGUUAAAACGGAAGCUGAGCUUCUGCGAGUUGCGAAUAUGAAACUAAGCGCUGAGAUGACCGCUCAAGCUGAGGCGAAUGGAAAGGUGGGCACAGAAAAUGAGAAGUUGAAGGCUGAGUAUGAGGUGAUGAGCACCGAGUUGGAAGCACUUAAGUUUAAAUAUAGUCAGUCCCUAGAGAACGAUGCUGGUAAUCUAAAACAAAUUGAAAUCUUCAAAGACGAGAGCGGUCGAUUACGCUCUGAAUGCGAGGCGCUGAAGAGCGAUCUCGAUGCUUUGCAAACAGUCAAAAUAUCACUGCAGAAAAAUAUCGAGGAGGUACAGCUGAAACAUGCUACACUACAGACCGAGCUAGCCGCAAGCGUGGAGAAGUCGAGUGCAUUGGAAAGGACGAGAGACGCGCUGGUAAUAGAAGUGGAUGCCAUGCGCAGCGCUACACAGAAAGUACCCGAGUUAGAAAAAAAGGUGGAGACGCUACGACUAGAGAACAAGCAGGUGACGGUAUUGCAUGACACCGUCGCUGCGCUGAAAGCAGAAGUCACAGAAAAAGAAAAGGACAAAGAAUGCUUGAAGCAGGCAAAGGAUGCACUUGCGAGUGAGAUGAAUGUUAUGCGUGAGGAUCUGAAGGAGCUUCCGGGCCUGAAAGAAGGAACCUCCAAGCUGAACACGGAGAUCGAGCAGAUGAGAGCAACUAAUCAGCAGAUGACUGCAGAAGCUGAGCGUCACUUAGAAGAUGUAGAAAAUAUUAAGAAGGAGAGGGACGCGUUCGAAAGAGAGAUCGAGACCAUGCGACAGAAUUUAGUAGAGUUUCAAACUCUGAAUGAAGAAGUGUGCACACUAAAGCAGGAGAACGAAACUAUCGCGGCACUCCAAAAGGCUGGCGACGCGUCAAAAGAAGUUGUCGACUCACUGCAAAAAGAAAGCGAACGACUGACAAACGAAAGGGAUGUAUUAGCAAGCGAUAAGAAUACUCUUGUGGAGGAGAUGAAGGCUCUGCGUGACCGUGUAGCAGAGCAUGGAGACGCCAAACAGGAGGCGCUGAAGCUGCAGGAGGAAGCGACGAAGCUUACCACCGAGCUUUCCAAGGUGAGUGCUGCGAAUAUGGAGCUGAACGACCGGUUACGGAAGAUGGGUGACUGCGUGCAGGACAACCUUCGCCUGGCUGUGGAGAUUAAGGCCCUUAAGAGUCGACAGGAGGAUAUGGACCGCAUUCAGGAGAUGAACUCAGCACUUACAAAGGAAGCAGCUGAGUUGAGGGAAGGGGCUACGAGGAUGAAGAAGCUGAGCGAAGACAAUACUUUGAUGGCCGAUGAGGUGCUACGUUUGCGGGGGAGAGUCUCAGAGCUGGAGGUGCUUUCCGCAGAGUCCAAGCAGGCGCUUGAGGAUAGCUUAAAGAGCAAAAGCCAAGACGAGAGACAAACGAAAAGUACACUUGCACGUGUGGAGAGUGAGUUAGUCAAUGCACAACGCGAUCUCUCAACGCUGGAAGAUUCGUUCGGGCAACUCAAUGAGCGAUACCGCAAAAUGAAGGAAAUAAACGCUAACCUGUACAAAAACGAAAAUCUGCUUAAGCAGGCAACACAAGAGAACCUGAACAUCAUCAACGCAAAGGAGGAACGGUACAACCUACUCAAGAAACACGCGCAGGCCAAGAUCGCAGAGGGGAAUACACAAAUCGAUCAACUGGAGGGACUACACGCCCGCGAGAAGGCCACCUGGGCUGCGAAGCAAAAAAUAACCGAGAUGAACCUGGCAACCCUCGAAAAGAAAAUAGCCACGCAGGAAGAAGAAUACGACUCGCUCAAGAAGUUGUAUAUCAUGACGCAAAACUUGGUUGUGCAACUACAACAGUCCCAAUGAACCGCACGGGACAGAGUCGAUUGGAAGGUGCUUCGUACUUGAUAUGACCAAGAAGUAAGCGAUAGCCCACGGCUCGUUGUAUAAAACUAUCUAGGCCCGCUGUGAGAUUUGUGGUCGUAUGUGCAACGAUCAGAUCCGAUCUCAUGAAGCCGAAGCACUUUAAAAGGUCUACGGUUGUUCUAUCUACCGUCGGCAAUGUGCUCGCUGAGACAUAGGGGCAGACUUCGAUAAGCUGAAUUGUCUGAAGGUGUAAGAACUACCGGUCCAUGGGGGGACCAAAGCGCCCAGACAAACGACUGCAGAUAUCUAUAAACACUCAACAAGUGGUUACUUUUUGCCAUGGGGGGGGGUGGGGCCCAAUUGCCUAAUUAAAGACUAAAAAACUCACAACAGUAUUGCGGUCGGAGUUCCGCAGGAUCGGCGCGUACUAUCCUCUGUGCAUAUGUACGCCCAACACACUCGACACUCUCUACACAGGAGAACGGCCAUGGGUCGACUAAUUGCCCCCACCACCAUAUACCGGC